AUGGAAAACUUGCAAUAUUAUCCAGUGAAGGGGCUUUCUUCCUUCAUACGUGAAGAAGAUAAUCAAGAACCCACUGGUAUCUCAAAGAGGAAGAUUCCAGGUCAUAGAAGAAGAUGUCUCAAGAAAAGAAAGAAUAUUGGAAUUAACAAGAGAAAUAAAAUUAUGACUGUGAACAGAAAAUAAGAGACAAGGCCUGACUUAUGGAAAAGCCAAUUAUAGACCAAAUUAUAAAGAAGGGAUAGUCACACCAGAUAUUACGAGGAGAAAGAGGAGGGUGCUCAAAGUAGCUGAUCAGACUCCACCUAAACUAGAUGACCAGGCUACACCAACCAAAACACAUAAUCUUACAGCCUCUAUUUCAACUGUUCAUAGCUCAAAUUUAAAGGGAAGGUUGACUUCGAGUAUAAAGAGUUCAAAUCCUGCUAAAUUUAUUUAUCUGCCAGGGAGUAAUCCCUCAUCAACUUUGCGAAGCAGUAGAAUAAAAGUUAUGGAGAAGAAUAUGGAACUAUCUACAGUGACAGAUGAAUCACUCAACAACAGAGUUGAGAAUUUGGAUAAUAACUAUCAAGAUACUUCCUCAUUCAAGACUCCAAAACUCACUCAAAAGUCUAAGAGAAGGCUUAGAGUAGCUCCUGACCUUACCAGAAUGAGCUACGAGCCAGCAAGAUUGAGUAAAAGAGAAGAGAACAUUGUUUCAGAUGAGAUGAACGAUUCAGACCACCUGAAGGACCAGAAGGUCAGAGACUAUUCUUUUACUCCAACCAAGACACCCUUCAAGAAAAGCCCUGAAGAGCUUGAAAGGGCAAGACAGAAGAAGCCUUCAAAAAGAAAGGUGAAUAUUUCGAAUUACUCAGUCACUCAAAGACAUUAUGGAAAAUUUUCAUCCAGAUCAGUCAAGAAGGGUGACAGAUUUACAAAAUUACGGAAAUACAGACCAGUUGAAGCCCCUCUAAAGUACGAUAUUAAUAAUUUCAGAAUGGAAAAGCAGCCAAAUCAUGAUGGAACAGACCAAAAGAUCACAAUUUGGUGUACCUGUGAGGAAGACGUCAAGAAAUAUUUCUGUAAAACAGCCAGGAGCUGGACAGAAAUAGUGUCUCAUGAGUUCAAAUACCACAAAUGGAAGGAGUCGUAUGAGAAUAUCAUAAAGGGGCAGGUGCAGUCAAAACAAAUCUCGAAGGAUAUUGAGAGAACAUUUCAGAAGCAUUACGCCUUCAGGAAUACUUCGAUGAUUCAUAGACUAGCCAGGGUCCUCUGCGCCAUCUCUCUGUAUGAUGAUAAAGUCGGAUAUGUGCAAGGCAUGAAUUUUGUAGUAGGAGCCUUUCUUAUUCAUUGUGAAGAAUCAAUAGCGUUCUGGCUGGUAAUUGAGCUGUUUGAACGGUAUGAAAUGAGAGAGGUCUAUGAAGAUGGUCUGAAAGGAAUGUAUAGACAUUCAGGGAUCUGAGAUAUUCUAGUUCAACAAUACCUCCCUGAAUUGUACGAGCACUUUGGGGAAGUAGAUGUGAGAAUAGAGAUGUUCAUAAGCGACUGGGCUAUCAGUUUCUUAUGCUCGUAUAUACCUUUAGGCAGACUUAAAGAUUAUUUUACAUCCUUUUUCAAGAAUGGAUGGAGGGCUUUUCACUGUAUGGUUCUUGCUAUUUUAGAAUUCUCUCAGCUUCAGAUACUUUUAAGUGAAGAUAUGCCUUCAUGAAUGGGUGCAAUAAAAACUCUGAAAGAGCAUAGACAAUCAAUCAAUUAUGGAAAACCUAAAUCUAACCCAUCUAUAUUGAAAAAUCGCCUUCCUCGAUUUAAAAAUUCAAAAGCUCAUGUUCUAUCACUUUCAUUCAAAGAAGAAAUGGAGCAAGAUGAACAGCAUAUUUCUAACGAAAUCUGGGACGAAAUAUUCCAUUUGUUUGCCAAAUAUCUAGGCAAAAUUUCCCCGAAAGAGUACAUCAAGAUCCAUAACCAGGUAAAAAUAUAGUCCUUCAUUAUCAUACCUAAUUUUACUCAAUUA